AUGGCUACGCAGGCCGCCGGCCGCGAGCGUGCCACGACACUCACUGCGACAAAACCCGAGUCUCUACUUCCGGCGCUUGCGAGCAAGCUCGCGGCGUGGACCGCCGAGCAACCGCCCCACAUUCUGCUCUUUUCCCUGAGCAAGCACCUGCCCCGUGCGGUUCUGUCCGAGGCCGUGGACAUGCUGCACCACCGCGACGUGCGGGCGCAUGCACGUGUAGGCUUCCUGUCUUCGUCGCUCCCUGCCUCGGUUGCGUACGACGAUGCGGCGGGCAUGGAGCACCUGCAUGCCAUUUCGCUUGCGUCGAUUCCCGAGACGCGUGGUGUGGCGUUCCGGUCGACGAUUCCCGGCGCGGCGCGGGUCUCGGUUGGCCGCUGGCCGAACCAAAAAGAGACAUGGAACAAAGGGACCGAAAUGCGCUCGGACCGCCUCGACCAGAGCGGUGGGCGUGACUGGCGCGGCCUCUGGGGCAAGGAGAAUGUCGACCUGCGCCUCCCGGAUCAGCUGAACGAGCUCGAUCCAUCCAGUGUACGUGCGCUCCUUUUUGCGACCGACGCCCAAGCGCACGGCCUUCUCGAGGGUCUCGACGCGCACUUUUCGCAGGCCAAUCUCUUGGGCAUGAGCGCGACGUUGACGCCGUUCGAGACGGGGCGUGAGCAUACCCUCUUUUACGACGCGCCGCUGCACGCGCGUACGAUUCACGACUCGGGGGCCGUCGGCGUUGCACUCUGCGGCACGGCGUCCUCGUCGAUCGAGCGCAUCUUUGAGCAGCUGCAGCCCAUCGGUCCUCGCCUUGAAGUGACUGGCGCGCGCGGCAACAUUAUCUCGACGCUCGACAAUUACAAUGCAGCGCAGCAGUUCCUGCGCCUGAUUCUCAACAAGAAUCCGGCGCCGAGCGACGCGAGUACAAUGGAGGCUACGCAAGUCCGUGAGCUCUCGAGUGCCGUACGCAAAGAAGAUCAAUUCUAUGUCGGACUUUUCGAAAAGAAUGCGGAGCAGGCGGAUGCAACCCCCGCGCUCGUCGCCCAGAUCAUCUCGGGACACCCUAUGCGCGGCACGCUCAGUGUCGCGACCGAGGCCGAGCUCGGCCUCCCCCCCGAUGCGCCCGACAGCAGCAAGGUGCAGCGGUGGGCACAGUUCUAUCGUCCCUCCCCCACGCCACUGCGUGCGAUUACGGCGCCUGCUGGCUCUGUGCGGUAUGUGUUCCUCGCAACUCCGAACGAUUCAAGCAUCCCUGUAUCGCUCGAUCCCUCUGCAAAAGUCGCCGUGGCGCACGGCCAAGGUGCGUUGGAGCUCCCUGAUGUGUUCCUUGCUGCGAGUGAGCACGGCUGGCUGGCGCGCCAAGGCGGCGGAACGACGUAUGCAUGCAGCGCCCCCUACGCGCGUGCAUCGCUGUGUGACGUAUAA